AUGGUUUGAAGUACUGAAAAAAGAGUAUGUGUAUACUGUCAUCUGCAAAUAACUCAAAGUCAACAGGAUGUCAAUAGAUAGUCCUUUAUCAGCUCUAGAGCUGUGGUUUAAGAGCAAUUGCCUGCACCAGGUGGAAUAACACCCACGGUCCCGCCCUCAUGGUGUGCAGCAUGCAAAUUCAACAAGGGCAGGUAUCAGGUUCCUUAUCCCACAUUGACAAUAGAAAGAGAGCUGGCUGGUUUGUAGUUGUAUUCAUCUUCAAGUUACACAGGCUGGGAUGUGCUAGGUUCGGUAUCUGAAAUAAAGACUAAAUAUCCAGUUGACUGCCAAACCUGCUCGACCAGAAAUGCCAAUAGCGGACUUGCUGGGAGUGCGCUUUGACAUGCAGCUCCUGGCCAAGCUGACUGUGUCUGCUGCUGCUAUUCUUUUCGUCACCUGGGUUUUCCGAUAUUACAGCUCCAGGGCUCGAGGCCAAACACGGGCCAAGAAGAGACUCCCUCAUCCCAGGAGCACUCAACCAAGUCCUGAAACCUGCAGCCCUUGCAAAACGGUGUUAGAACCUCUGAAAGAAAGAGAAAAAGAGGAAUAUGAUGGAGAAAACUGGUCUAGUCAGUCCUCUGAGGAUAAUGGGCAAGGCAUUCUUCAACUACAAAAAACAGAUGCCAUGGUUAAAAAGGAAGAGAAUAAAGAGUUUGAGGACUUUGUGACCAACACAGAGGGAAGUUCCUCACCAACCUCCUUUGUGGAACACAAGAUAGAAGUGGAUACAAAGUCUGCGGACGUUGUGACCAACACAGAGGAAAGUUUCUGGCUUUUCUCUGGUGUGAAAUGCAACACAGAAGUGGAUAAAAAAUCUGAGGAUUUUGUUACCAAUGCAGAGAGAAGUCCCUCACCAACCUCCUUUGUGGAACGCAACAUAGAAGUGGACACAAAGACUGUGGACGUUGUGACCAACACAGAGGAAAGUUUCUGGCUUUUCUCUGGUGUGAAAUGCAACACAGAAGUGGAUAAAAAAUCUGAGGAUUUUGUGACCAAUGCAGAGAGAAGUCCCUUGCCUUCCUCUGAUGUAGAAUGUAAAAUUAAAGACUGUAAAAAGUCUGAGGACUUUGUGACCAAAACAGAGGGAAAUUCCUUGGCUUCCUCUGGUGUGGAGCAUAACAUGGAGGACUUCUGGGAUAAGGCAGAAAGAGAGGUAAAAGCCUGCAAAACAGGACUGAAUCUACUGACACCUGGUUUAGAUGUCAAAGCGGCAACAAGUCCCAGCGGACGUCGCUCGCCAUGCCAGCUAAAAAAAAUGGAUGGUGGAGUUGAAGUUGGCAGAGAGCUCAGGCAGAAUAUGGGUCAUCCUGGUACUUUUUCCAGUUUCCAGUCAAAGGCAGAGAUCAAAGUGGAGAAUGCUAACCUGGUAAUAGAGGGGCCUGGCGAUCAAAGUACUGCAGUUCGUGGUAAGAUUUAUGAUUAUUUUGUCGAGACAUCCUCACAGUCAGUUUCAGAUUUAAGCCCCACCCAUUCAGUAAGUCCAACUUAUGGACCAUAUGAAGCUAAUACUUUGUCCAAUGUAAUGGAUAAACCUCGAACACCAAGUCCCUUGCCUUCUUCUUUAAUCAUUAGAGAUAUGGAAUUCUCAAAUGACUCAGAUAGGGUGUCUCAAGCUCCCAUCAGAUCAGAAACUGGAAGACUUCUCAGACAUGGACUAAUUCGCAAGGACAGUUAUCUUGCUGCUGCUGCAGAGUCAGAACUCCAGAUCCCUUUCCCUCCUCCUGUGACUCGUAGCCGCUCACCAGCACUUCCAAAAGAGCGUUCAACAAACUCCCCAGAGUCACCUACAGAAGUACAAGAAUUUGGUUGGAAAUCCUCUGAAGAUCCACAAGUGGAAACAGUGGCUAGGGCCCAGUUUUUUCACUUUCCUGUAGAGAACAUAGGAAAUUCAGAACUGGAGAGUUUAACUGGAAAACUUGAUUUGGGCAAUUGCCUGGAAGCACUGAUGCUUGCCAAGAAACAUGGACAUAAUGCACUUCAGCAGGCUGCUCUGAGAUUUAUGUCAAACAAUUACUUCCAGGUCCUACGAGAUCCAAACCUGUACGGUCGGCUGAAGGCAGGUGAGCGAGAUCAGAUCCAGAGAGAGCGCAGGAGAGGCAGAAGAUGCCUCAUGGUGGCAGACAUGGACUUCCCAGAUUGGACCAGAAGUCCAUCACAGUCUACAGACUCCUACAAAGUUAGAGGAUCUAGUGGACUUUACUACUAUGAUGAUUACAAAGACACCUGGCACCUUCAGUGCCAUAUCCCUCAGGAAGUCUUAUCCAAGGGCUGUGCAAUGUGCACCAUGGACAACUACCUGUUUGUAGCUGUAGGCUUCCAAUGGAAAGUACCAUCAAGGAAGGUGUUUUGCUACAACCCUAUGACCUCCAUUUGGAGUGAAAUCUGUCCAAUGAAUGAGGCCAGGCCUCACUGCAAGCUCGUAGCCCUACAGGACCAUGUCUAUGCCAUUGGAGGGGAAUGUCUAUCCACAGUGGAGCGUUAUGACCCCAGGACUAACAGAUGGACCUUUGUUGCACCACUGCCCAAUGAGACUUUUGCUGUUGCUCAUCGAGCUACGGCUUGUAACGGGGAACUGUUUGUUUCUGGUGGCACCCUGAAGUAUACGCUCUUGCGCUACAACCCCAAAACUGAUGUCUGGAGGCAGAGCUUGACUGUGGGCAGCAAAGAAAGGACCACAGAAAUGGUAGCAGUUCGGAACUUCCUCUAUAGGUUUGAUGUUAACCCUUACAUGGGGAUCAGUGUGUAUCGCUACCAUGUCGUGGCCAGGCUAUGGUAUGAGUGCUGUUCCAAGCAAAUUCCCCACUGCCCUGCCUUUCAGUGCGUCGCUAUGGAUGACGUCAUUUACUGUGUAAGUCGGCAGUUCACCAUGAGGUUCUUAGCUGAUGAAAAAUCUCCAGGCUUUGUGGCAGAUGAUUUACAAAUCCUCACAGCAGCUAAGGGCAUUUUAUUCCCUUUUGUUCUUGCUCUGCCUGAUAAAAGCACUCUUCAAACUAGCGUUUGAGUUCAGUCAGCUCAGCCGAGAAAAAGACUGACGCACUCAGAGUUCAUAGUUGGAGACCAUAUUAAGUUACUGGAAUGCACAGUCGUCUUAAUCAGUGGCAGUCGAAGUGAAAUAUCAAGGCUAUUAAAGCCAGUAAUUGUAAAGCUAGAUCAGAUUUAGUGUGCAAUCCCAGUGAGAUAAAUCUGCCGUUUCAAUGAGAGCUGUUUGUUAUCAGAGUUUUUCAGUCCACUCUUGGGACUAAGUAAACUCUUAAAUCUUGCUAAUGUCUAGUGCUACUGCUUAAAGUGUUUCACUCGAAUAUACUGCUCCAAAAUGCUAUAAGCAAAAUGUCAGCUAAUCAAUAUGUAGAGUGGAGCCAUGUUGCAAUUUGCUGUAAUGAAUAACACAAAUGCUCGUCAUUUCCAAGAUUUAUGAAGGAUGGAAUAAGGAUAUUCAUGGCAUGCUUUGCUCUCACGCCCAUUUGAGAACUUGAACUCAUGAAUAAUUCAAAAUGAUAAAUUAUCCAAUGUUGACUUUUUUUUUCCACUGUCCUUCAUUGACAUCAAUGUCUUGACUUUUAUGCAUAUCACUUUUUAGGUAAGUCAAAUGAAUGCUGAAAGCAGUAAGGCUAAUGCUGUUGAAUACUUGUGUUGCCACCGAAUGUGUCUUUUAUGUUUCCAAAUAUGUAAUAUAUUUUCGGCAAGAUAGUAUCAUGAGGGAUGGCAUGGUGGCCCAGUGGGUAGUGUUGCUGCCUCAUAGCUCCAGGGUUCAAUCCUGAGCAUGGAUUACUGUACAUGUUUUUGGGUUUCCUCCCCUCCCAACAGAUUGGCUACUCUAAAUUACCCUUAGGUGUGAAUGAAUUUGUGCACGGUUCUCAGUGAUGUACUAGCAUCCCAUCCAGGAUAGAUUCACACCACGCACCCAGAGUUCCCAGGAUAGGCCCGGGAUCCAGUGCAACCUGGACAAGGAUAAAUUGGUUACUGAAGAUGAAUGCUAACCCUAACAUUAACCUUCAUAUUUUUUCGUGUAACUUGAGUUGUGCAUAUGCAAACAAGUGAGACCAUGUCAGAUUUUCAGGAUAGUGUCAAAUGUCAAAUUUCAUUUUCUGUAUGUCACAUGUAAAUAUUAUAUAUGUAAUAUAUCAAAAUAUUAUAUAUUAUAUACAAUGUACUUUCUAUAUUAAGUUUCUAUACAUUCUGAGUGCAACUCAUGAUUUGCUCGGUAGGUUUCUGUGCUAUAAAAUAAGCUUAGUUAUGCUGUUCAGUGCAAUUCAAAUUAUGCUAAUGAAAUAAUAAAGCCUGGACUAUAAUGUGCCUUAUAAAUAAAUGUGUGAUCAAUUAUUUGAUGGUUUAAUACAAGACAAGAACUUUCAAACAAAGCUGAGAAGAAAAAAAUACUGAAUGGUAUACUGUACCAUGCCUGCCUGCUCACUUGUUCAUGAUCUGUAACGAUGGCACCAUCAUGUGGAUGUUUACCGUGAGUCAACAGAAUCGAAACUGGUUGUGCAUACAGUAAACUUGGGAGAAAAAAAAAAAACAACACACACACACAGUUAAAAUGUAGGACCUACUAGCAAGGGCUGCAGAAUUGAUCUGCAUUUUCAGACAGCAGGGCAAGUGUGACACAGAUGGUUGACCGUCAAAUGUAAGCGUCCUUGAUUGCAUAAUUAAACACUUUGAUUCCUUGUAAUUAAACACCUAAUGGGAUGGGAGUUUGGACAGGUCCCCUCAGAAUCUCCUCCUGAAUGAGUCAGCCGUUUCCCAGCACACAUGGCUGAUUUGAACGUUGCAUGGCUCAGCAAGGCUAUUUUGGGACAAUAACGAAGCAAAUUAUAUCCACCCUGCAUCCAAAUCUGGGCAAGAAAUAGAAUUUGCAGGCUGUUAUUGGAUAAAUUGAUGAGCACGGCUCAGGUUCUAUUUCUCGCUCUCUUGUAUACAUACAUACACACACUCACAAAAAUAAAAAGAGACAUCUUGUAUAGGAAAUUAGUGAUAAAAUGCUCAAAAGGUUCGAAAUUACAUUCUGAAAUGAAAAAUGCAGCAAAGGAACCCUGAACAAGCCCAAUUAUAAAAUAUCAA